AUGGCCUCCGAUAAUGCAGAUCGUCCCUCGCGAGACCCCGCGCCUAAGGGAAAAUCCCGCAAGACCGACCCGAACGCUCCGAUCCGGAAACGCCGCAAGAGAACUGUGGUCAGCGGAGCCCCCGACGACUGCUUUGCCUGCUCCAAGCGAGGAGCACGGUGUGACCGGCGCCGACCUUAUUGCUCCCAGUGCCUCGACCUCGGCCGCGAAUGUUCCGGAUACAAGACGACGUUGACAUGGGGUGUUGGAGUCGCAAGUCGAGGGAAACUCCGGGGCCAGAAGCUUCCGGUGAUGCAAUCGGAAGAACAAUUAUCGGGGAAUGCUGUGAAAUCGCAACCGGAGGCCUCAAGCAGCAGCGGCCCAUCUUCGCGGGUGCCUGCCGAUUCUUCGGCCCCGAUGCCUCCGUCAACCGGCCCUGAAAUGGCAUCGUUUGGCACAAGGACGCCGGGUGUGAAACAGGAAGGUAGCCCACCUAUGAUGCCUGCUGCCUUUGACAUGUCUUCGAACAUGGCUUGGACAAUGGACAUGCCAGAUCCACAAACGUGGUCGAGCACGCUUGCUGCUCCGCCUGCUAUUUCAGGGCUUCCUUUGCCCAGUCGGCCGAUGAUUCCAAACACAAGCCAAGAUAUGACCCCGGAGCCACCAUUGCUAUAUGCUCCCAUUCAAAGCCCGACGGCUAAUUCUGGGUCUCUGGUUUGGCCGACGGCAGUUCCAUCCUCGUCCCAGGCUGCUACUCCCCCCGGCGUCACAAGACACGGAUGA